GGCAGCACCAACGGCUACUGGUAGCAUUAUAUCCAGCGGGAAGCAAAAAUGGAGGAGUAUCCCAAUAAACAAGCGACCGAAAACCUCGACGACCCUCCAAAUAGCCGGCUUUUCGUGGUCACAAGUCGGUCCAUAACUGAAGAUGAGCUUCGGGAAGGUUUCUCCGCGUUUGGGGAUAUUCAGGGGGUUUGGGUUGUUAAAGACAAACAGACAAAAGAGUCCAAAGGGAUCUGCUACGUGAAGUUCGCUAAGUCUUCGCAGGCCUGCCUAGCUAUGGAGGAGAUGCACGGCAAAGUGCUGAUGGAAGGGACAAAACCUUGCAAGGUGUUUAUUGCCCAGUCACGGUCUUCAACAAGGCACAGAGAUGUUGAAGAUGAAGAGCUGACCAGGAUCUUCGUCAUGAUCCCCAAAACCUUCUCAGAGGAGGACCUCAAAGACACAUUCAAAGAAUAUGGUGAUAUUGAGUAUUGUGUGAUCAUCAAGAAUAAAUUCACUGGGGAAAGUAAAGGUUUGGGCUACGUGAGAUACUACAAACCCUCGCAAGCUGCCAUCGCUAUAGAGAACUGUGACAAAACCUACAGGGCCAUCCUGGCUGAACCUCGCACUAAGGCUACAGUGACAGAAGAUUACAGCGCAGGAGCCCCAAGAGGUGAUUACAUGGGUGGUGGUGACUCCAUGAACCAGUACGCCUUCCCAAUGGCUGACCCUGGGAACUACCAGGUCAUGGACUAUCGCUCCAAUGACUUCACGCGGUGCCUCAUGAUGUCAACACGGGCUGCUCUUACCCAGGAGCAGAUUUUUGCUCUGUUUGACAUCAUUCCUGGUAUGGAGUACUGCGAGCUUCAGAGAGAUGCUUAUGGAAUGAGCAAAGGUCAUGCGCUGAUUCGUUACAGUAACCUGGGAUCAGCAGUUUAUGCCAAGGAGAAGCUUAAUGGCUUCGAAUAUCCACCUGGCAACAGACUGGUAGUAAAUUUUGUUGACGAUGGAGAUGACCGCAGCAGUCCUGUAGGUCGCAUGGCUAUGCAGUUUGUUGCAACCCAGAUGAUGUCUGCAGUGUGGAACGGACCCUCCACCAGCCAAGUGAUGAAACCUCCGGGUUUCUCUCCCGUCUCUCCAAUGUCCCGGGUUCAGACAGACGUCAACCUGCCCCCGCUGAAGAAGCUCGCUCCACCUGACAGCAAAACCAAGGAGCGCUUGUUCGUCGUGUUCAGCCCCUCCCCGCUGCCCCCGGAUGUGCUGGAGGACGUUUUCUGUCGCUUUGGUUCACUUAUCGAGGUGCAUUUGGUUCCAGGGAGGAAAGUUGGAUAUAUGAAGUAUGCAGACAAACAGUGCGCAGAUGAGGCCAUGGCAGCGCUCCAUGGUCGGGUCGUCAACGGAGUGAAGAUGAAGGUGAUGCUGGCAGAUCCUCCCAGAGAGGAAUCUCACAAACGUCCUCGUACCUAUUGAAAUGACCGGCGACUGUUGUCAUGACACAAUGACACCUGACCUGACAGACCGACCGACAUCAAGACCUUCUCCCGACCUCUGACACGACCUUUGACACCUGUCUGACCUUACUGCCGGUCAGUGACCUUGCUGUGACUCAGUGAUACAACAAGUGCACAGUAGCAUCCACUGCUAAAAUGGGAGUCUUAAUCAAACACAGUGUGUGAACAGCAGCAGCAGCAGCAGCAUCAUAUACAGUGUGUGUAGUUUGUGUUCAGUGUGAUGCUUUUAUGUUUUGUUUUUUUUAAAGUACAUAGUUUCAACCUUGACGCCGUUUUUGGCUUCUAUCAGCUGGACUAACUGUACAACCGCAGCAGUAGCACACCAUAAUUUAUCAACAGGCUGCUGAAGAAACACUUUAUUUCAAGUUUAAACAUCUCAGAGUUACAUUGUAGUUCAGGCAACAUUUUCUUGAAAAACUGAGGGCAGGAGGCUGCAAUCUGUUAGUAAGAUAAACAUCAACAGGAUUUGUAAAGCUGGAUCUAGACAGUUUUGUAGUUCAGAUCUAGUCCUUCCUUUUUUCUCUAAUGGUGUGCCAUGUGAUUUCAUGUUAAGCAGUUCAACUGUGUUUAUUAGACUAAAUGUAAUUUUUUUUUGUCUCAGUCAAAAUAAAAAGCAGUUCACAACA